AUGGAUCCGUUAUCCAUAGUCGGUGCAGUCGGCUCGAUACUUGGGAUCAUCGAUCUGGCGACCCGAAGCAUCAAGACCCUAACCGACUUGCAAGGCCGCUAUACGAGCAUCGGUCUCAGAGCAAGAAUCCUUAUUGGGCAGUUAUCGACUCUGAAGGCCGCCCUUGGCCAAAUCAAAGAAGUGCUCGAUCUUCUCGAUCCAGGGAGCCGCAUUGGAGAAGACCCACAAAUUUCGGCCGACAUCACAACGUCGCUAAGCUGCUGUGAGGCGAUUAUGUCACUUCUGGACCAGCGACUGUCUCGGAUGCAGGAGGAUCAUCUCACGAUGCGGGAUAAAACCAGCAUUUUGUGGCACGAGAAAGAGACGACUGAUUUCCAAUCCCUGUUGAACAAUCAGGUCAAUGCCUUGAAUCUUCUCUUAACCGCGCUUCAGUGCAAGUCUAUUAUCGAACAGAGCCUUUUUCUGCAGAGAUCUGAGACCCGGGUUGUCUUCAACCGAAUUAAAGAUGAUACCUCCUCUUUGCUUUGGUUAAGAGACUCGGACUCGGAGAUGACGAAGAAAAGCAUCGUUGCAGAAGACUUGAGUUUAAUCGAAACAAGAUUCGCCUUCGACUCGGACCUAUUCAGCUCGAGGGUUUAUUGCUCCGCAGCCAGAUCGACCAUGGUACAUGCGCUCAAAGGGACCACCGUAAAGCCUUCCUAUAAAGAGGCUAGUGUAGUCCCCGACGACAACGCUACGGAGAGAGCAUUUUCCAUUAUGAGUGAUGAAGAAGCUAGCAUCAUUUGGAGGCCUACGGAAUACAAUCCGAAUCAAAGACACCCCACCCACAGCAUUAAUACAGGGCGAGCAUGGAGCUUGAGAGAAGGACUAAGUCGGCCCCGUACUGCUCCCAGCUUGGUCUCAAGCAUGCUUCUUUCUAGGCAACGCAGCCGGGCUACGAGUCUUGUUAGUGUGAGACAAGCGAAGAAAAGUAGCCAGUGGCUCUCGUCAAUAGCUCUGUGGAACCUAUGGGGUGGAGAGGCAUCACCCUAUCCUUCUUCCGCAGAUAGUAUUGUGGAAACCGCUCGCGUGGAACCUGUCUCUCAAAGAGUCCUCCUUCUCGGCUCCUCCAAAAGCGGCAAGUCCACGGCAUUGAACGUGCUAAAUCUCCUUGUUGGGUGUCCCUCAGACAUGUCUCAGCUCUUUCAGUCUAGACUUACUAUCCUAGAGUCACUCAACAGUCAGCUGCGCCAGCUCCUAGAAGUAGGAGAACGACUUUGUACCGGAGAUAGUGUUGAUGAGGAAUACGCAGUGAUGCGUAGUACCUCUGACUCUGUCACUCGGCUACUGGAAACGUUACAUGAGAUGUCUAUCCCGCAGCGACAAGGCAGAAUGGCCGAAGUACGCAGGGAUAUGAGAGACAUAUGGGGGUAUAUACAGAAAUGUGGCCUCCUAGGUGAGGUGAGACUUGAGGCUAUAGAUGAUGGGGCUGAAUACCUGUUAAACUCGGUCGAACGCAUCACUGAACCAGAUUACAUGCCCACCUUAGAGGAUACAAUGUGGUGCUACACGAGAUCCACAGGCAUCACCUUGGCGCGGUAUACCAACGGGCCGUCGGAGGUGAUUUUCUGUGAUGCCUCGGGGAGUCGCGGUGAAAGAAAGAAAUGGGGCCGCAUAUUUGAUGGAGCAACAAAGGUCCUGUAUUUUGUUGAUGCAGGAUCGUACGACCAGACGUUAACGGAAGAUAAUCAUGCAAAUCGUCUGGCGGAAGAGUUGACGCUGUUCGACAGCGUAUGCUCGGCUGCAAAGCUCAGCCACGCGGAGAUAGUUCUGUUUAUUCAUAAAGUGGAUAAACUUGAACAGAAGCUGAGGACGGUACCGUUCGACAGCACCAUCUUUGACAACUGGGGGAUGUUUAGUGGAGAGCCCCAGUCAGUAGAUGAUGUCAGGGAUUAUCUCUAUAACACAUUCUCGGCCAUUGCGCAGAGAUCCAACCGCUCUAUCUCUGUCACUUUCACCAGCUUGAAGCGACCUGAAGAGCUUGGCAAGACGAUCUUGUCAUAUGCUUCUUCCGUUGUUAACAUGGUGUGA